CCUUUUCUCUUCUAUCCACUUCACAAGCCUUUGGCACCAUGAAGUGGGUAACCUUUAUUUCCCUCCUCUUCCUCUUCAGCUCUGCCUAUUCCCGGGGUGUGUUUCGUCGAGAUGCACACAAAAGUGAGAUUGCUCAUCGGUUUAAUGAUUUGGGAGAAGAAGCUUUCAAAGGCCUGGUGUUGGUUGCCUUUUCUCAGUAUCUCCAGAAGGGCCCAUUUGAAGAUCAACUAAAAUUAGUGACUGACGUAACUGAGUUUGCAAAGACAUGUGUUGCUGAUGAAUCAGCUGCAAAUUGUGACAAACCACUUCAAACUCUUUUUGGAGAGAAACUGUGUACAGUUGCAUCUGUUCGUGAAAAGUAUGGUGAGUUGGCUGACUGCUGUGAAAAAGAAGAGCCUGGGAGACAUGAGUGCUUCCUGCAACACAAAGAUGACAACCCAGGAUUGCCUCGCUUUACACGACCAGCCCCUGAUGCAUUGUGCUCUGCCUUCCAAGAAAACGAAAAGAAGUUUGCCGCACAUUACUUAUAUGAAGUUGCCAGAAGACACCCUUACUUUUAUGCUCCUGAACUCCUUUACUAUGCUAAGAAAUACAGACAAAUUUUGGCAGAAUGCUGCCAGGCUGAUGAUAAAGGUGCCUGCCUGACGCCAAAGAUUGAUGAAUUGAAGGAAGUUGUACUGACUUCAUCUGCUAAACAGAGAUUCAAGUGUGCCAGUAUCCAAAAGUUUGGAGAAAGAGCUUUCAAAGCAUGGUCAGUAAGCCGCCUGAGCCAGAAAUUUCCCAAGGCUGACUUCGCAGAGAUUUCCAAGAUAGUGGGAGAUCUUACCAAAGUCAACAAGGAAUGCUGCGAAGGUGACCUGCUUGAAUGUGCUGAUGACAGGGAAGCACUUGCCAAGUACAUCUGUGAAAAUCAGGACACAAUCUCUUCUAAACUGAAGGAAUGCUGUGGGAAGCCAAUUAUAGAAAAAUCCCACUGCAUUUAUGAACUUGAAAAAGAUGAAGUGCCUGGUGACCUGCCCUCAAUUGCCGUUGACUUUGUUGAUGAUAAGGAGGUUUGCAAAAACUAUCAAGAGGCAAAAGAUGUCUUCCUGGGCACGUUUUUGUAUGAAUACUCAAGAAGGCAUCCUGAGUACUCUGUCUUGAUGCUUUUGAGAAUUGCCAAGGGAUAUGAAGCCACACUGGAGAAGUGCUGUGCCACUGAUGACCCUCAUUCAUGCUAUUCAAAAGUGUUUGAUGAGCUGAAACCUCUUGUGGAUGAGCCUCAGACUUUAGUCAAAGAAAACUGUGCACUUUUUGAAAACCUUGGAGAGUAUGGCUUCCAGAAUGCGCUCAUCGUUCGUUACACCAAGAAAAUGCCACAAGUGUCAACUCCAAGUAUUGUGGAAGUCUCAAGAAGCCUGGGAAAAGUGGGCACCAAAUGUUGUACGCGUCCUGAGUCCAACAGAAUGGCCUGUGCAGAGGACUUCCUCUCUGUGGUCUUGAACCGGUUGUGUGUGCUGCAUGAGAAGACACCAGUGAGUGAGAAAGUUACCAAAUGCUGCACUGAGUCCUUGGUGAACAGACGCCCAUGCUUCUCUGCUCUGCAACUUGAUGACACAUAUAAACCCAAGGAAUUUAAUGCUGAAACAUUCACCUUCCAUGCUGAUAUCUGCACACUUCCCGAAGCUGAGAAACAAAUCAAGAAACAAUCCGCACUUGUUGAGCUGUUGAAACACAAGCCCCAGGCAACAGGAGACCAACUGAAAACUGUUAUGGGAGACUUUGGAGGCUUCAUAGAGAAAUGCUGUGCAUCUGAUGACAAAGAGACCUGCUUCUCUACGGAGGGUCCAAAACUUGUUGCUGCCGCUCAAGCUGCCUUAGGUUAAAAAUCAACACAUUUACCACCAUCUCAGCCAACCCCGUGAAUCAGAAAGGGAAAUGAAGCUGAAGAACUUAUUCAUCUGUUUUUCUACCCUGUUGAUGUAAAACACUCUUGUGUGAAGAACACAAAUUUCUUUAAACAUUUUACUUCCUUUCU